UUUGAGGAGACACUAAGCGCGCCCUAGCGCAGUAUUGAAGUUGACGCGAUCGAAGCAAGAUGGCACAAAUGCAGCUCUACACAAUGGCGAUAUUUGUCUUUUUGGGCGUUCAACUCGAUUAUGCGAACGCCAUGAACUGCCCACACUGUCUGGACGUGCUGGCUUGUGCCGCCAACCAGGUCCCGAAGGUGGACUGCAGUGAAACCGUCGUCAACCGAACGGUCUUAAUGUUGGGUGGGAUUUUUCGAAACUUAACGGCAUAUACCACUCCCGACACUGUCUACAGUUGCGUCGAAGUGAACUUUCGGCGUGAUGAAAACUCUAGUGACAUACUUGCCAUAAAAGGAUGCACUGCCGGGCGGAAGAGCAUCUGCGGUGAACCGACGUACGACUACAACGGAAUCCUAUCGUGCAGAUCGUACAGUGGAGCUGAUCGACAUCAGUUUAGCAUGGUGCUGCUGUUGAAUACAGCUAUCAUUGUGUUUGCUUUGCUUUUCGUUAGCUAAUAAAGUGCCUAAACUUCUUAAAA